AUCAUAUAAUUUUAUUAGAUUUUACCAAUUUUCCAUUUGAAUUAAUUUUUAAAAACUAAAUACAAUUAGCAAAAGGAAAAUGCUUUAUGCACCCUUUGAUCUGUUUCUUUUUGGGGCUGCUUGGCGAUGACGAUGAUGAUGGUGGUGAUGGUGACAAUGGUUAUGGAAAACAGAGGGAUCUAUGGUUCUGCCCCUUUCCUUCUAUUUCGAUGGUGAUUGAGGAUGGUGAUGGAGGUGGAGGUUGUGAUGAUGAUGAGGAGAUGCAAGGAGAUGGUCUAGAUCUACAGAAGAGAGAAGAAUCAAGAGAGAAGAAGAGGUGGGUUCUUGGAGAACUUGAUCUGGGUUCUCCAGAACCCAGGUUCUCUCUGAGAACCCAGACCUGGGUUCUCCAGGAGAGCCCAGUCUGGGUUCUUGGAGAACCCAAAUCUAGGAUAAGGAUGGAGGUGAGGAGGAAGAUGGAUUUGGUUAGGACGGAAAUGGUUAGGAGUGUGCAUGCAUCAUUAUUCAAUACAAAAUUAUUUGAAGCAGGGUAUAAAGACUUAUGGAUGAGACAAGGAAAGAGGCCUACAGAAGUUGCAGCUAGUAAGUACCAAUCCAUCAAGGACGGUAGAUUGGAAAGGGGUUCUGAGAAGAUCCAAGGAUAGGAGGGAUGGAUUUAGGAGGUUAAGAAUUGUCUUUGUUGUUGCUGUCUGCACCUUGUGGUUGUGGAGGAACAGAAGAGCAUCGGUAAAUGAAGCAAUUAAUGGUAAUGGUCUUGUUCAGUUAAUAAUAUAGUUUAUUAAUUUUUGUUAUAGAUGAGUUUAUACUGUAAUGCUGGGAAUGCCCAGUUGAAUACAUGUAAUUACCCUCCUCGGGGAUUUUUGGAAAUGAAAGAACUUGCGCAUU